UUUAGUAAAUAAACAUAUCUUUGUGUGUUGACUGUAAAAACAUUCUUCAGCUUUGACUUGUUCGGGUGUUUGUUUCUACAUAUCAUUUUAUAGUUUUCAAAAAGUAAUGGAAUCAAAACAAGUGAUAUCUCUUCCUAUACAACAGAGAACCCCGGCAGCUAAAGGUGGCGGUCCGAAUAGCAAACAAAAUGCUACUCCAGAAGCCGGUGGUCGUUUAAAAGGCGUGCAAGUGGUAAAGCCCAUUGUUUAUGGAAAUGUUGCUUGGUAUCUUGGUAGCAAGCGAGAUGAAGAUGGUCAUACGCAUCAGUGGAAUGUGUACUUGAAACCAUACGAUAAUGAAGAUAUGUCCGUUUAUGUUAAACGUGUUCAUUUCAAAUUGCAUGAAAGUUACGCCGAUCCAAAUCGAGUCUGUCAUGCUCCUCCUUACGGAGUAACUGAGACUGGUUGGGGUGAAUUCGAAAUUGUUAUUAAGAUAUUUUUUCAAGAUAGCAAUGAAAGACCUGUUACCAUUUAUCAUUUUCUAAAGCUAUUUGAUCGUGAAAAAGACGGUAAUGUCAAAAUGGGAACUGCUCCUGUUAAUUCUGAAUUCUACGACGAACUGGUAUUCAUGGAUCCGACUGCCAAGAUGUACCGACUUUUAACUCAUCCUAAAUUGAACACCCCCGCACCACCCAGCCAUAAAACUGAUUAUGAGGAGAAAAAAAUUCGCGAUCUCCAGAAAAUUCUUAACGCAAAAAAGAAAGUGAAACAAGAAAUUGCAGAACUGAAAGCUGCACUUGCAUCCGCGAAAGAAAACAUAUUGAAAUUAAAAUCUCAAGUUUCAGGAUAAUUUGAAUGUUGAAUAGUUUUCUGUCAUAUACCAAUCAUAACAUUUCAUACUUAGUACAACCCUUCCUUCUUUUGAGCGAUUUCAACACAUCUGUAUAAAUAAAACUUGUUUUUAUUUUA